AUGCAUAUUCAAUCGAUUCCUAUGUGGACGGGGAAGGGCAAUAACUAUGCAUACCUCGUUACAGAUGAACCGACUAAGCACUCGGUUAUUAUCGAUCCUGCCAAUCCUCCAGAGGUAGUACCCGAGCUCAAGUCUCAGAUCGCUUCUGGAAAGAUUGAUUUGACUGCUAUCGUCAAUACCCACCACCACUGGGACCAUGCUGGAGGUAAUGAUGACAUGUUGAAAGCAUUUGGCAAACUCCCUAUCAUUGGAGGAUCGAAUUGCCAGUCCGUCACCCAGACUCCUGGACAUGGCGAGACUUUCAAGAUUGGAGAGCGUAUCUCGGUCAAGGCCUUGCACACACCGUGCCAUACCCAAGAUAGUAUCUGCUAUUUCAUGCAAGACGGAGAUGAACGAGUUGUGUUCACUGGUGACACUUUGUUUAUCGGAGGAUGCGGUCGUUUCUUCGAAGGCAACGCGAAGGAGAUGCACAAGGCAUUGAACGAGACCCUGGCAGCUUUACCAGACGACACCAAGGUUUUUCCCGGACAUGAAUACACCAAAGGCAAUGUUAAGUUCUGCAUCUCAGUCUCGCAAUCAGAGCCAAUCAAGAAGCUCCAGACCUUUGCAGAGGAGAACAAGGAGACUCAGGGCAAGUUCACUAUUGGUGACGAGAAGCUUCACAAUGUGUUCAUGCGUGUCGAUGACCCGGUAAUCCAGAAAGCGACCGGCAAGACUGAUCCAGUAGACGUGAUGACUGCCUUGAGAGAGAUGAAGAAUGCCAUGUAG